AGAGCAGAAAUAUUCAUAUACCUUCAUAAUAAAUCACAGUACUGCUCAAUCAGUACUUUUACUGCUCAUGGUACUUCAGAGGUUUGGACUUUCUGGCUUUUUGACUUUUCUUUCACCUGUCAGCUCAAAAUGAGGAAGCUGCUCUAUGAUAUAUCAGUGUGAGUGUGUGUGUGUGUGUGUGUGUCAGGAGUUUCCAGUGUGGGCGUGGCCAGGCUGCAAACAGGAAAUACAAGGAAGUACAGAGUGUGUGUAGUUUCUGAGUAAUGUCCCUGAGAGGCUUAUAAAGCAGAGAGGAUCCGCAGAACCUCCGAUCCUCUGUGAGUACCGGGAGUUCUGUGAGAGUUCUCUCAGUACUUCUACUUCACAUUGUACUGCACAUCCAGCCCUUUCAUUGUGAGUACUUUGUGUUGAUGAUACUUCAGUCAGGUUUCUUUGCCGGAUUUUUACUUUCUAGGCACUCUCUACAAAGGAAGUAGAGAGUGUAUUUUCUGAGUCAUUUUCCCACAUGGUCCUGUGAGAGGCUUAACACGGUGCGACUCACUCCCGGAACACACUGCAAUACUUCAUAUACUAAAUACUGGGAGUAUUGGGAGUACCUGAGAUGGAGGCGGUGCUGCUGGACCUGCUGCCCGGCUGCAGCGCAUCCUGCCUCGGCCUCUCUCUGCAGGAUGCCCCCCCCCCUGGUGCUCCAGCUGCACCGGGACAGAAGCGGCUCCACAGCGGAGACUCUGUUCAGGUUCAAACUGACCGUAGAUCAGCUGGGGAUCAGCAGCGUGCGCGUACACACCACUGCGCGCGGCCGCGACGUGCUGCAGCGUUACCAGCAGCUGCUGUUCACGAGCGUGCACACCUUUGAUUACCAGGUGCAUGACGUCUCCUGCUGCCACGCCCCCAAACACUCACCUGGAGGAGGAGAAGAGGUAGAAGAAGAGGUGUCCAGGUUUCUGCAGCAGCUUCCUGCCCUGAGGGGAGACAUCCGGGUCCUGCUGUCACCUGUGAUUCCAGAGGGCUUCGGUCACGGCUUCAGUACUCGUCUGGGCGGUGUUUCCUCUAUCCCCACGCUGUCCUCCCUGAACCUGUUCAGCAGCAGCCUGCGGAGGGACCCCGGGGCUGUGGUGCAGGAGAACCGCCGGAGACUGGCCCUCCAUGCAGGUUUCCACCCCCGACCCCUACGUCUGGUCAAGGUGGACCACGGCAGCGACGUCUGGGUUCUGGGUAAACCGGAGCCCCAGAGAUACGAUUCUGUGGUGACGGAUCAGAGGGGGCAGGUGUUAGCGGCUCCGGGGGCCGACUGCAUGCCCAUCCUGUUCGCUGAUCCGGGGUCGAAGGUCAUCGGAGCCGCUCAUGCUGGCUGGAAAGGAACCCUGAUGGGCGUGGCCAUGGCGACGGUGGGAGCAAUGUUGACGGAGUUCGGUUGCCGGGCGAGCGACAUCGUGGUUGCGGUCGGGCCGUCGGUGGGGGGGUGCUGCUUCACGCUGGACAGGGAGCAGGCGCUCGACUUCCUGAACCUCCAUCCAGACUGCGUUCCCGACCCGGAGGCCGAGCGACCGCACGUCAACAUCCGCCUCGCCAACAGAGUUCUCCUGGAGCGCGGUGGCGUUCUGCCCGGAAACAUCGACGACAGCUCGGUGUCGGAGUGCACUUCCUGUCACCCUGAACUCUUCUUCUCUCACGUCAGAGACGGACCGAACUUCGGCACCCAACUGGGCUUCCUGUGGAUCAAAGAGGAGGGGGAGGGGGGAGAUGAAGGCUGACAGGAGGAGGCACUAAAUAUCUGCAGGUAGAAAUCAGAAUCAGAAAUACUUUAACCCCAAACCUUCUUUUUUUUAAUAGUACUUUAUACUACUACUCCAGGACACACGUUCUUAUGUUCGUAACAAGUUGUUAUAUUUAAAUAAAUGUAUAUCAGGGAAAUGUACGCCUCGUUCUGCUGUUGGAUAUGUUUUUAAGAAUAUUAAACACAUAUAUAUUUUU